AAAGAAAUCAAAUAAUGCCGGGAAAUAAAAACAAAUACCAUGAAAGCCUCUACUCGUGUUGUACUUUUCAUUUUUUUAUAUUUACUGUUCAAUGAAAUCUCUUUAGGUGUUAUCUUAAUAUGAAUGUAUGGUAGGCACAAAGUUUCACGAGCUAUACUCAUUCAUUGCUAUCUCAUCAACCCUUUUUCCUCACGUUUUCGUAGUGAACGACAGCAGCGAAACUUGAAUCAAAAUGGGUAGCGUUCGUACAAAGACCAUCAAGAAGGCCUCUAAGGUCAUCUUUGAAAAGUACUACACCCGGCUGACGAUGGAUUUCCACACAAACAAGCGCAUCGUCGAGGAAGUGGCGAUCAUUCUUACUAAUCCCCUGCGCAACAAGACCGCUGGUUUCGUGACACACCUGAUGAAGCGUCUGCGCCACUCGCAGGUCCGUGGUAUCUCCAUCAAGCUGCAGGAGGAGGAAUGUGAGCACAGAGAUAACUACGUACCGGAGGUGUCCGCUCUGGAGCAGGACAUCAUCGAAGUGGAUCUGAAGACCAAGGAGAUGUUGAAGCAGCUGGACUUCAACAACAUCGUUGUCCAGAUGACCAACCCGUCGGCGCAGGGCUACAGCCGUCGCAACUAAGUCUGCUGCAAGUCAAGAUCGUUGAGAUGUUCUAGAAUUUCCCACAUCCGCGUGAGAGAAUAAAGAACAGUUACUCAUUUUUUUCGUUUCCUAAUUUGAGAAAUACUUGCA